AUGGCUCUCCCUCAGAUCGGCCUGAACGCAAUUGGGUCCAACCUUACUCUUGGAUCUCAGAGCCCUGUGUUCACCUACCUGCCUGCACGGGACGGGAGCGUCAACAACGGAUGGAACGCGUCCUACACAGGGACGACACAUGCAGAGGCCUAUGGCGGCGGUGUAGGUGUGGGAACAGCGUAUCGUGAGACACAGAUGGAUGGGGCGAGCGUCGGCCUGUCGUAUAAUGGGACCUCGGUCUACUUCUGUCUUGGGCUUAGCAGCUACCCGGCUUCCUUCCAGCUCACGGUCGAUGGCAUCACUGGGGCGUAUACGAUCCAGCAGUCCUCCGACCCUGCCUGUGAUGGGUAUGAAGGUGCCGAUUCUGUCGUGCUUGUGAACAACCUCCAGGAUGGCGCGCACGAGGUCUCCCUGAGCGUGAGUGUCGAUCAGCCUGGAUAUGUACGGUUUUAUGGGGCUGUCGUCACCCUCAUCGGAGGUAGUACAGAGCAAGUCCUGAAACGUACGAACAUCUCUUGGGCAGAUAAAAGCUGGAUAUACGAGCCUACUGGAGUGUGGGGUAAUCGACCAGACUAUGACCUGUUCAACAACUCACUCGCCAUCGGCGAUCUGGAGGGAAGCUCCAGGUGGGCGCGUACGUACGAUCCAACCUCUAUAGCGGAGAUCAGCAUCACCGACACAUCCGUCUUUUACUUGCUCGGCCCCAUAGGCCCCAAAUUCGCCAACUACACGGUCUCGUUCUCCGGCGCUUCGCAGACCUUCAUCCCAACAAACUACUUCGCCGCCUACCAGCAAGUGCUGUACUUCGCUGGCUGGCUGGACCCGACACUAGCAUACACGCUUACCCUGCAAAACUGGGACGAGCAAAAUCCAGCUCAGACGAGCGCUAUGUACCUCGCAAUUGAUGCGUUGGUGCUUAUGAAACCUGUUGCAGCAAGUGAGUACCGGCAUCCCCGCGUACGAAACCAGGUGCCCCACAUGUGCUCUCGUGGACCAACCUACCCAGAUUCCCACAUAUAUUUCAUCCCCCUCCACCCACACAUCGCUAGCACCCGCAAUAGCCGGUGGAGUAGUGGGCGGCCUGGUACUCCUCAUCGUGCUAGUUCCACUCCUGAUGCUCUCACGUCGGAGGCAAUGGAAGACGCAACGAGAUCUCGCAGGAGAAGAAGCACCUUUGCGACACGACCGUUCUCCAUCCUCCCAAACCCAAACCAAUCCCUACAGGUUCUCGAAGCCUAUAUUACCCAGAGGCACAUCUAUCUCAUCGUCUCAACUCCUGCCCCAGAGGCCGGCAGUGACCAUCUGCACGCAGAACCUCGUCCGCCCAAUAUCGACAGAUUCUGUCAUCUCUAUCUCGCCCCAGUGCACAGCGACAGAGAAGGCUCCUCCUUCCUCUUCGGGGCUGAGCCAGGACACACCAGUAACGAGGACCAUAUCACGAACGACGUCGAGGACACGAACUACGCCGCUGGGAGCAAGCAGCUUGCGCCCUGA